AAAUAUACCCCAUCAACAAUGAUGAUGGGGAUAAAAACAAUCAAAGUAAAUGGACUCUGUUUGUACGCGGUAUAAUCAGAUUUCAAUAAUCCCAUACGCGUUUUUGGGCUUAUUCAGUUACUAUCACUCUACUGCUUUUCAUCACUGCAGGCAAAAGUUUACUCAAUUAGCUUUAUUUUUACUCGUCACAUUUUGAUUUAACAGGUUAAAAUAAGACACAAUCUGUCAUGUCACUUUCUAUGAUGUUUCCUCUUUGCAAUCCGUAGUAAACCCCACAUGAAUUUCCUUGUAAUUCAUUCAAUGAAAAAGCCCUUCAUAUCACCCCCUUUAAUACCCUUUUACUCAUUCUCUUCUUUUCUUUUUCUGUUCAGGUAAUCCUUCUUCUUUUUUAUUUGUUGCGUUUCGCUUCUAGAGUGUUUUAUUGCUUUGGUUUUCACAGAUUUAUCUACCCAAAUACAAAUUUUCUUGAUUUUCUUUCUAGUAAAGAUUGAAUCUUGGCAAUGGCUGUACUUCACGAGGGCAAUCAGUUGGCUGUUCCACCAUUGAAUACUUUACCAAUUGGGUAUCGUUUUCGUCCGACGGAUGAGGAGCUGAUCAAUCAUUAUUUGUGCUUGAAGAUCAAUGGUUGUGAGGAGAAAGUGGGUGUUAUUCGAGAAGUUGAUAUCUGUAAAUUUGAGCCUUGGGACUUACCUGAUUUGUCUCUUGUAGAGUCAAAUGACAAUGAGUGGUUCUACUUCUGUCCCAUAGAUAGGAAGUACCAAAAUGGGCAGCGAUUGAACCGAGCAACAGAACGAGGAUACUGGAAAGCUACUGGUAAAGAUAGAACCAUAGCUACUAGAAAGGGGGCAAAGAUUGGGAUGAAGAAGACUUUGGUAUACUACAUUGGGCGAGCUCCUAAAGGGAAGAGGACCAACUGGGUGGUUCAUGAAUAUCGUGCGACUGACAAGUCAUUGGAUGGUUCACACCCUGGACAGGGAGCCUUUGUGCUUUGUCGUCUCUUUAAGAAGAAUGAAUUGAAGCAAGAUGAAAAUGUCGAAAGUUCACACUUGGAUGAAGUUGAACUUGUUUCUUCUCCCGCAGUUGGAAAAUCACCUAUUGAUGAUGAAUUAUCAGAGGCAGUGGCUCCAUCUCCAAUCAUGGAAAGUGAUAGUAGUAAAAGUAAUCCACAAAAAACCUCUGGAGGCAAAACUCAUGAUGCAAGAUUACCUAUUGAUAGUCGCGGCAAUAGUUGCACUGCUGGUGAUACUGAAGAUCCAAUGUUGGACAUAACAUCAGUAGCACCAGAUCCCGAGUUAGAGGAAUUGUUGGACAUCUUUUUUGAACAUUCACCGGAGCCUCUUGAUUGGAAUUUCUUCUCCCCGUUGCAUUCACCUCCAUUGCAUUCACAGUUGCAGGUGGAUUUUGGAUCUUCCGACUUACAUGGUCCCGUGACCAAUGAGAUCAGCUGUGAUCAAAAGGAUGCCCAGUGUCAGAACGGAUUAAAUGCUCUAAAUACUAAUGAGUUUUUUAAUUCAAUUCUUGUCAGCUCUGAUGAGAUUUCCUAUGAAGAUCCUGGCCUGGAAUUGAGGUCAGACCUGUUUGCCUCGAACAAUAUUAACAUUAUAACAAGGGAACCAGUUAAGGACUCUGGAACGUCUAGUCAGUCGAAGUCAGAAGUUACACAAGAGCCAGUUAGGACAGAUUUAUUUGAACCCGAGCUGCUGUUAGGAAAUUCUGGAGAGACUGCAGUAAUGAGAGAGGUUAAUUCUGUUGCACCCGCCGUGGAACAGGCGUUUGCAACACCUUAUGUUUGCAAUGAUCACUCAACGGGGAAUCUGAAUGUCCUUAAGAAUGGUCACCCUGGAGAGGUUUUUUUGUCUGCUGGUUCUGGUGGAAUGCAGGUCCACAGCUCGCUAAACUUGGAUGAAUCAAACAGUUAUAGCAAUGUAGGCACUGAUUCUGGUUUUGGAAUAAUACGAAGGACUCGUCAGAUGCAGAACCAACCUGAUGAUGGGCAGUUGGGAUCUGGAACGCAAGGAUCUACUGGUAGAAGAAUACGUUACCAAUUGAAACUUCAAGCUGGAAGAAUCGAGUGUCGCAUGCCUACUGAUUCUGACCAGGGUGGAGCAAAUCAUGAAGGCCUGUUAACUGCAUAUGAGAGUGAAAAAAUCUCCACUGAAGAUAGUUCUACUGCGCCUGCUAUAUCUGGUGAUGAGACACAAGAUACCGUGAGUAAAGAAUUUAAAGGAGAUGGUCUUAUGGCAGAAGACUUGAAUGGAAAAGUGAAAGAUACAGAUGAUUUUCCAAUUUGUGAAGAUUCAAAAAUUGGAGCUAUGUGUUUGUUUUCAUUAAAUUUUUAUAUAUCCAAGGUACUCAUGGUUGUAAGCGUACUAAUAGUGUUCUUAGGUGUUUUGGGAUGCUUUAGGCUGAGAUAGUCUGCAUCUGAAUCAUAGGUUUUUUGUAAAUAGGUCUGAUGGAUGACAGAGGUGCUCGCGGUAGCAUGAACCGGCUUAGUAUGUUCUGUUGGUUUUAUCUCCUUUCCUAUUAUUGCAGAGGAGCUCAAGUUGAUACAACUUGAAAAUCAGUAGUUUAUAUUUGAUGACUGGCUCGUUUUGUACAUUACUAGAAUUAUAUUGUAUAAGGAGAUCAGUUAAUUUAAACUUUUAUCCAAAGAUUUGCAUUUCGCAUUUGAUGUCA